AUGACGGUCGACGCGCUCGGCGUUAGCUCGCCCGAUGCAGAGCAUCACCACUCGAUGUCCGGAGAAGGGACGCGCCCCACGUAUGCAAUCGAACAGACGUUGGAACAGCUGCUGCAGAGUCUGUUGGAGAUGGGCAUCUGUAUGUGCUCCUCGUGCUCCUCCCACGAAGCUGGGAUGCUCUGGUCUUGCCAUGAUAGCUGAUCUGGUGUGACGACGGGCACAGGUGCGAGUGAUGUACAGGAUUCGGCUCUGUCGUCGACCCCGGGUGGGGUGGCCAGCGGAUAUCCUGGUGGGUUAAUGGGUCGCAAGGUGUGAGUCUCCUCGCGCACAUCACAGUGUCUCAACUCUUGGAUGUAUGACUACUACCGUAACUUACACAUUGAAUGGUCCCCGUUCAGCUCUCAAACGAUGGAACAGCUCGCCAAGCUGUAUUCCUACACCGGCACCGUCCAGGACGUCAUGAUCCCACUCGAGGUCGUAAAGUCAGUCUUGACUAAUAAGCUUCGUAGGCUUUCGAGCUGGUGUCGAGCACAUGGGAACGACACUGAAGCGGAACGUGGAACGUGGAAUGUGAUGCUCCAACAGCUUCGUCGAUCAAGGCAAGAACCCACACAUGUACACGCGCGAGUUCAUCGAGCGCGUCGCCGGCGAGAACAUGUACACCAACGGCAUGCUCUCUGCCGUUUUGGUAAGUCCAUUCACACUUCGUUUCAGAGACACCGCGCUGAUGAGUCACCUUGUUGAUCGUGUCCGCAGGACUAUCGAGACAUUCUCACCAGCUCGCUCGGCGAUGCCUUUCCGGAGCUGGUCAACCACAUCCGCGCGAAUCCGCACCCGGCGGGUAGAAGUGCAAGCGAGGAGGGGCCACAGGUCAAGCAAGAAAACGGCACCCACGCCAUGGACAGAGUCGAUGCUCAGCUAGGCUCGAACCGCGAGACGGGGGUCAAGAUGGAGCCAUGA